UCAUACGCGUUUCAUUUUUUUUUCACCCUAACUUACCACGCUUUUACAAUACUGUCUCUUUUUACAUCGCCCGUGGUGAAAAUAUACCGCCCUCUGGCGACCGAAGUUAGAAGCAUAACACUUGUAUUACAGGUCCCACGCGCUCUCUUGGCUUAAUUUGAGCAUCAGUGUGAUGGAAUGUGUCUCCCGUACCGUGAUGCUGUUGCCACAGACGCUGUCUGCAUGGUGAGCGCUCAGUCCCCAACCGUUGGCUGGCUUGGACCUAGGAUGAAUAAAACAGAUUUAGAAACGGAGGUUGGCGACGGUGGCGACCUUACCAGUAUUCGUCUGGAGCCUCUGAAGACUAUUCAACUACCAGAAAUAACGUCGCCGUCCCGCUCGAGGAGCGACUCGGACAGCCUCCCUUGUUACAGAGAAACCAUCAAAGUAACAAGAAAUGGUCUACAUGAUAUCGAGGACAGGAUUUUGCGGAUCACGGGGUACUACGGCUACUAUCCUGGGUACUCCAGCCACAGAAGAGAGGAGGGCUCAGACUCCCACGCGGAGACGCCGGCCAGCGAGGCCAGCAGAGAGCGCUCGCAGUGCCAGUCGUGCGCCGGCGCGGUGCUCAAGGUCCUGGGCGGCCUGCUGGUGGUCCUGUUCGUCUCGUCCUCCUGGGUGGGCACCACGCAGGUGGUCCAGCUCACCUUCCAGUCCUUCUCCUGCCCCUUCUUCAUCACCUGGUUCAGCACCAACUGGAACAUCCUCUUCUUCCCCCUCUACUACUCGGGCCACCUGGUCACCACGCGGGAGAAGCAGACGCCCAUCCAGAAAAUCAGGGAGUGCAGCCGGAUAUUCGGGGAGGACGGGCUGACCCUCAAGCUGCUCCUGAAGCGGACGGCCCCCUUCUCCAUCCUGUGGACCCUCACCAACUACCUGUACCUGCUGGCCCUGCGCAAGCUCACCGCGACCGACGUCUCGGCCCUCUACUGCUGCCACAAGGCCUUCGUCUUCCUGCUGUCCUGGAUCGUGCUGAAGGACCGCUUCAUGGGCGUGCGGAUCGUGGCUGCGAUCAUGGCCAUCACGGGCAUCGUCAUGAUGGCCUAUGCUGACGGGUUCCAUGGCGACUCCAUCAUAGGCGUGGCCUUGGCCGUGGGCUCCGCCUCCACGUCAGCCCUCUAUAAGGUGCUCUUUAAGAUGUUCCUUGGCAGUGCCAACCUGGGUGAGGCAGCGCACUUCUUCUCCACUCUGGGCUUCUUCAACCUGAUCUUCAUCUCCUGCGUGCCCCUCAUCCUCUACUUCACUAAGGUGGAGCACUGGGGCUCGCUGUCCACUCUGCCGUGGGGCUACCUGUGUGGGGUGGCUGGGCUCUGGCUGGCAUUCAACAUCCUGGUCAACGUGGGACUGGUACUGACUUACCCCAUCCUCAUCUCAAUCGGCACACUGCUCAGCGUGCCAGGCAACGCAGCGGUGGACGUGCUGAAGCACGAGGUGAUCUUCAGCGUGGUGCGCCUGGCCGCCACCUGCAUCAUCUGCCUGGGCUUCCUGCUGCUGCUGCUGCCCGAGGAGUGGGACUCGGUCACGCUGCGCUUCCUGGCCACGUUCGCCGACAAGAAGGCCGAGGAGCACGGCGAGGAGCUGACCGAGUCCAGCGGCCACACGCGCAGCCGGAGCCGAGCCAACGGCGCCGUGUCCAUCCCGCUGGCAUGACCCCUGACCCCUGACCCCGCCCCCCAGCCCGACCUCCCACCCGCGACCCCCCUCCCCGUCCCCGACCCGCACGCCUUGCCCAUCCCCAGCCUUGGGGGCGGAGGUUAAGCAGGAAGCAGGAAGCAGGAAGCAGGAAGUGGUGCUGGGAAAGUGAAAUGCAGAAUAAAAGCUGUGAGAAAUCUGCAGCCACUUCCUUCAAGGACCUUCAGAGACCUCCGAGUGAGCCGCGAGAACUUGUCCACCUGAUUCCACCGAAGGGAAGGCAGCGUUUUAUUUGAAAUACCUUCUGGCCACACCCGACCCUCCCUUCGCACGACCUCUCCCUCUCCGCACCCCUGACCCCACCCUCUCCCCCCACCCCUCCCUCAUCCUGCACUCAAACUGUAUUCUGUGAAUAUAAGCAUUGACUGGGCCGGUAUGGCUCAAUCUUAUCUGUAUUAAUUGAACGCAUUCAGAAAAAUAUAUCAAUAGGGAACAGAGACUAUUUAAAAAAAUGUCUUAAUAGUAUUAUAUACAGGAAUGGUUGUAAAAUAUUCUAUGCUUAAUAGACAUUUCUUUUUCUUAAUAAAAGGACAAUUCAGGAAUUCCAUUAAGGCAAUUCUUGCAUCAUUUUACAUUGAUCUAUGUUGACACAUCCCAGCUGGUCUUUAUUGUUUCCCUGCCCAGUGUCUUCCUUCCACAGUAAUGACAAACCGCUAAUCAUAGGACUCAUUAAGCUGCACAGUCGCAACAUGAAACUAAUGCAAACUUCAGAAAACGCAAUGUACAUCAUUAGGCAGUUGUGACUCCCUACCCUCCACGCUUAUACAAAGCCAUGCCCUCCUCUUGAAGUGGCCCAUUAGCAGUCAUUGCGUGUUAGCACCGAUGCAGUGUGAGUGGGUCCUCUGGGCACAGUAGCGCAGCGCUGGGCUUGGGUUAGAGCGUGAUGGGGUCGGUGAACCAGCUGGUCUCUGCCCCCUCGGUGGAUCGGGCGGGCAGCUCCGGGAGACCCUGGCACGGCUGGCGAAGUGUCCCUCUGCGGGGGUUCCCUCAGAUCCCCCCCCCCGUCCCGUGUGAUCACUGCACGGGCCAUACGAGAGGGCUGGAGACAGAUGGCCGGCUCGUGUGUGCGUGUGUGUAACGCCUGCCCUGGCCCUGAUUGUUAUGAAACUGGACACACGGCCUGGCCCUGAUUGUUAUGAAACUGGACACACGGCCUGGCCUUGACGCACGCGCAGCUCCAGGGGAACAAAUGGCUCACUUUACCACGAGAGUGCGAUAUGAGGCCAGGAGUCACAGAGAGGAAAUAAACGAUGAUGCUUGGAUGUGGUCAGGAACAAGCAGCCUCACUUAACUUAUUUCAAUCAUUUAUUCUGUCAGGCACUUACAAAGCAUAAAUCAUAACUGGCUGUAUUCAAGAAGCGCAGUGCAUUUUGGGGAAAUGCUAAUGAGCACAUCUAAUCAAAUCAUUAAAAUAAUAAGGCAUAAGUGGGAUUAAAAUUGUACAUAUAUAUACAUAGGACACUCUACUGGUACAUGAAGUCUAUAUUACAGGAGAUGUUAUUGCCAUUGAUUUACUAUAUCCCCAGAAAAUGAAUGGGAUAUCUACCAAUGAAGCUGUUUACUGGUUUGUUUAAUUAUCAAUAGGAGCUGGAAAGUGCCACAGCCUUGAUCAUAGCCUCUGAAGACCAGCAAGGCUAGAGGAUUUUCAGUGGAAACAGAAUGGAAAACUUCCCAUAGGGUUCCCUAAGAUGCUAUCGGGCUUUAGGUGUAUCCAUUCAUGCAGUAUAAUUUCCCUACAACCUGAUCAUUUUCAGCCCGCAUGACUCCUUCACUCACAACAUGACUAUUUUGGGCUGCUGAAGCUGCAGUAAGAGGGAGAAAGAAGGUCUCAGUUUUGAGGGAGAAGAAGGAUCUAGAGUGAGUAGGAGGACUCAGUUCAGUGAUGCUGUACCAGUCAUGCCCAUGGAAGUGGGUGAUGACAGAUUGCUUGCAUGGGAUUUCCUUAUACACAAUUUGCAAUAAAUACAAAAAUUCAACCCGAAAACCAUGUGUUGUUUUUGUAAUUCUGAACACACAUUCUCAUAUGUCUACACACAAACACCCAUGUGAACACAUAUGUGAGCAGACAUACAUUCUGCUAUACGUACUGACACUGAAACAUAUAGAUUCACUGACUCUCUCUCACACAUGCACAUUACACUGUGAUUCUCUGACCAAAGGCACACACAUUCUACGGUGCGAUUUUCCUACCAUAAACACACACACACACACACAUUCCACCGUGUGAUUCUCCUACCGUGGACACACGCACACAUGCCACUCUGCGAUUCUCCUACCAUAGAGACACACACACACACCCCCGGCUUAGUGACAGUCUAUCCCAGAUGACCAGGGUGGCUGCCGGCUCUAAAGACUGCUGUGCUGAGAGAUGUGCUUUUUAAUGAGGCAUUUGCUGAAAUGACAGAUUCUGUCAAUGUUGCUGCUCCAUUAAACCAGAAGAGCAAGAGAACAAGGGAGAAUGGGAGCGAGGGAUGUUUUUGUUGAAGAGAGGUAAAUGGGGGGGCGAAUGGCAUUAAAUUCUCAUUACUUCCUCAAGGCAACUGACUCAGCUCCUCUGUGAGGGAGAGAUAGCACCACAUCCAUGGAUGCCAGAUGUAUGCUCUCUAAUCCACAGGCAAGUAGGCAUUAAAGCAUACCUCAUCUUUAU